AUGAGAAAGGCAUGUGGGUACAGAAACGAGCAAAGUACUGUUAAACGCAAUGCGGUGGCAGUAAAGGCAUGGUUAUGGAAGGAAAACAAAAUCCCUUAUGUCAUAGACAAGAGCGACUUUAGUACUGAAGGUGUGAUAUUGAUAAUCAAUGCAAUCAAACAGUUUAACGAAGAUGUGAGGUGUAUAAAAUUUACACCACGAAUCAAUGAAUUCGACUUCGUACGCUUCAAAACUGGACAAGGCUGCCAUUCAUCAAUUGGUAGAGAUGGCGGAGAACAAACAUUGACUAUAGGUCCAGAUUGUUAUUAUAUGGGCGUUAUUCUACACGAGAUGACGCACGCGGUCGGCUUCUUUCACGAACAGAACCGAUGGGAUAGAGACAAUUAUGUGACAGUUCUUUGGAAUAAUAUACAAUCUGGGAAAGAUCAAGAUUUCAUUAUUCAGGGACCGACAUAUUUAGAUACACUUGGUGCUUCCUAUGACUACGGAAGUAUCAUGCAUUAUGGGCCAUAUAUAUUCAGUAACGGUCAAAACAGGCCAACAAUGAGACCUAAGUAUAACACUCACGUGGAAAUGGGUCAACGGCAGGGAUUUAGUAAACUUGAUAUUUGGAAAAUUAACACUUUAUAUGGCUGUAAAUCUGGAGUGCCUCCUGUGCCGGAUUGGAUGCUGUACUUAUCGAGUACAUGGAUACCUACGUCAGUUGCAACGACACCAGAAAUGUCAACGUCAGUUCCAACUUCACUUACAACAGCCAUAUCAGGAACUCCCGGGAAACCAAAUGUUCUGGUCACCGUAUUUCCGAAUGCUCUAAGAAUAAACUGGAACCAGCCAAUUUCAGCCAAUCAAAUAACAGGGUAUUUGCUUUCAUGUAAACUUGAACCGUAUGGUCGCAUACAACAAAUUAAAGUCUCGCCAAACAAGUUGGCGUACUAUCUGUCGACGUACUCAAGCCACCCAGGUCGUAGAUUCACCAUUACCAUCGCAGCCAUAACUGACAAUGGGAAAGGUCCAGAGUCUGACCCUGUUACAACAAGAUCAGCAUGUACACAAACCCUCUAUCUAGACAAUGAGACGUAUGAUAAAAUACAUUCUCCAUUUUUCAAGCACGGGUUUUAUGAAGAAGAUGUAGUUUGUCAAUGGAUAAUAAAAACAACAGCUAGACAAACCGUGAACUUGACAUUCACAAAUUUAAACAUAUCCGGCGACAGCAAUUGUUACACUGAUUAUGUCCGCAUUGGAAGCACAAGGCGGUAUUGCAGUGCAUCACCGCAAUAUUCCAACAUCAUAAUUCCAGGAAAUGACGCCACGGUGACGUUUGUAUCUAAACCAGGUCCCACAGACAGAAAACCUGGUGGAUUUGCUAUGACCGCUUCAGCUUCUGGCAAUAGUCCAGUAGAUGUUAAUAUCGAGGAGCUUACCACUGCCUUCAAUAUCUCAUGGAAACCACCUAUUAAACCGCCAUUCGUUAUAACUUCUUACAUCAUUAGUUACAAAUUGACGUCAGAAUCUGUUUCCAACGAAAUAGCAGUAUCACCGGAUUCACGAUAUUUUCUUCUAUCAACGUAUCCACACUUUGGUAGAGAGUACAGUAUUGAGAUCUAUACUCGUUAUACAACUGGUAAUAGUGAAUCUGUUGGUCCGGUUUAUCAUAGAUCAAAAUGUUCAAGAAAUAUAACGGUUUCUGGAGGACAGCAACACCUUAACAGCCCGCACUUUCCUAGAAAUUACGAACCGGGUACCAUCUGUAAAUGGAACGUUUUCCCUACUUCCGGUUUGAAGCUCGCUCUUGAAUUUGAACACUUUGAUUUAAACCAUGGUGAUUAUGUUGACAUUCUAAAUGAAGGAAACUACCUCAGGUUUGAUGCAAGAAACAGACCGGCUGGAAUAUUUAGAUCUGAUUCUACGAUAAUUCAGUUUCAAAGUGACGACAACGAUGAGGCUACAGGAUUCAGAAUUAACUUAUCCCUUACCACUUAGAGAUAUAACAUACCAGAUUGUACAUAUUAAUGUAAUUAUUUCUUACAAUAGCAUAUGAAUUAGGUCAUCCUAGGCACACAAUUUUAAAUGACUACUAGUAGUGUUAAAUGCAUAUUAAAUGAAUU